AUGGCGCCCCAAAGGCUUAUAGAUAGAGAUUCGCGCACAAGAAAACGCCCAAUGCGCGUACUCGUACUAGGCAUGUGCCGCACAGGAACCACAUCCAUUUCCUCCGCCCUCCGCAAACUAGGCUACACCCCUCACCAGAUGCGCGAAGUCCUCAUGAAAUCAUCAGAACUCGUCCUCUGGCAGGAAGCCAUCAACGUGACUCUUCUUCCACCACAGGACCGGCCCGCGAAGCAACGCAACCAGCCUCCAUACACAAGACCGGAUUUCGACAAGCUACUCAGCGAUUACGACGCCGUCAUGGAUCUCCCUGGAUGCAUUUUUGCGAAAGAAUUGAUAGAAGCUUACCCAGAUGCCAAAGUCAUUCUGACGAAGAGACGGUAUGAGGACUGGGAACAGAGUAUGCAAGAAAGCAUUUGGUGUCUUGAUACAUGGAAGUUAUUCAGACUCUGUCGUAUACUCAACAUCACGCAAUUAGCACCCCUAAUGCGCCUCGUUCACUCUGUUUUCCGCGUCCACAAUGGCAAUCAGUACGGCGGUUCUGCUGCGAGAUCUGCAUACGAGAAACACUACAGCUUUGUCCGGAGUCUCGUAUCCAAGGAACGCUUAUUGGAACUUGAUACCGAUGUCGAGCUCAGGUGGAAGCCGAUUUGCGAGUUCCUUGGGGUGGACGUGCCAAAAGAACAGUAUCCGACGAUGCAUGAGGAGAAGGCGAUGCGGAAAAAUCUUGAGGCGGCAUGGUGGAGUAUGGUCCGAUUAUACCGCUUUGGCUUUUUCCUGGAUUCCUCAAAUGAUCAGACGCAGAGACGGUCGUGGGACAGAUGUGACGAUAUAAUCAAAGUAGCCGUUCAAGACUCAAAUACAUUGAAUUUCACGACCUUAGAGAGCCAGUAUUUGUUACGAAAUUUGCAAACUUAA